ACUUGCCCAAGAGGCUAGACCAAUGACACCAAUCCACCAUUAGCCUUUAGCCCAUAGCCAAAAGUACAAGACCCAAUUUCCCUCUUUUAAAGAUAAGGUCGAUUAAUUACAAUAACUGUUCUCCGCCGGCGAUAUUCCACCGUCGAUAUGCAAACUCCGACGAGAAUUCUCGACGCAUCCAACACUUUCGCCGGAAUUUCUCUCCGCCGCCGUCAAUUCCCUCUCUUCCACCAUCACUCUCUCCACUUCCACCACCAAUCAAUUCCAAAUUCCGCUUUCUUCGUUCACCGGAAUCAUCAUCAUCAUCAUCGUCAUCAUCCUAGGGUUUCCUGCAGUUUCAGCGACUAUAACCCUAACCCUAGGAGAGAGAAUUAUCGAGGAGAGAGAGUGAAGGUCGAUGCGAAGGCGAAGGACAAUGUUUGGAGCGUCGACAAUAAGGUGGCGGAAGAGAAGGAGAGAGAGAAGGGGAAGAGAAGGAAGAGAAGAGGGAAGAGUGGUAAGAGAGUGAAGAAGGUUGCUAAAGGCUCUAAUGUUAUGGUUUCUGGUGCUAUGUUAAUGGAGCUUGAAACUGUUUUGCAAACUCAGGAGCCUGUUAUUCGACCAGCAUGGAACACAUUUGUGAGUAGUUUAAGUGGGAUUUGGAAGGGAGUUGGAGCAAUCUUUUCACCAAUCACGGCUGAAAUGGAGCCGGUUGACUUGGGAGGUAAGAGUGAGUAUUUGUAUGACUGCUAUACUCUUUCUCGUGUCCAAGCUGUGCAAGCUGGAGAGAAUACAUUUCAAGUCCAACGGAAAACCAAUUGGGUUACUCUAAAUCCUUAUGGUGAGAAAGCACAAGCAAAUGGAGGCAGUGACAAUGGCAAUGGUGGCGUGAAAGAAAAAAGUCACAAGGGCAAGGCAGAUCAUAUUUUGCCAAAAUUUGAGUCUUUUGAUUUUACGAAGAGUGAUGUGAUGGAAGAGGAUAUCGUGGGGUUGGAACCUGGUCUUGUUUUCUUUGAGGAUGGAUCUUAUUCUAGAGGACCAGUCGACAUUCCAGUUGGUGACAUUGAUGAGUCUGAGUAUUAUCUUUCACCAACAUACAAGUUUGAGCAAUGUUUAGUUAAGGGAUGCCACAAGAGACUGCGUAUUGUGCAUACUAUUGAAUUUAGUAAUGGUGGCGCAGACAUCCAGAUACUAAGGGUUGCUGUAUAUGAAGAGCAAUGGGUUGGUCCUGCUAACUUUGAGGAGCAAAGUGAGGUUGAGCUUGAUAUGAAGCCAUUUUCUCAGAGAAAGAGAACGCGGCCAUCAGAGCUUGCAGGAUCAUGGAAGGUGUUUGAGAUGAGUGCUACACCCAUCUUUGCUGACGAGACAACAGCAGAGAUAAGCAACAAUCCUCCUUUUGUUCAUCUUUGCAUGGAGACCAUGAAAAAGAGAAACUUGCCAGAGAUUCCUGCUUACUUUGGGGAAGAAGAGAUGAUAGACAUGCAGGAUGUGGCUGUUCUUUGGCUCCCAGGUGGUGUGACUGCUUAUGUUGAUGUCGACAAUGAUGGAAUCCUUUGCAUUGGAGUUGGGUGGUACUCUGAUGAAGGGAUCAACCUUGUAAUGGAAAGAGAUUAUGAAACAGAUGGGAAACUCAGAGAGGUCCGGUAUAAUUCUGAGGUUAAGAGGAGGUGGUCAGAACCUCCUGUGUAAAUCUUCUGCUACGAGGUUUGUUACACUGUUUUACUCCUAGUGUAAAUUUACCUUUAUUAUUUUUUUUUUCUUUUUUCUUACAGUAAAUUAUUUCCAUCUUUCUCAUAAUAUUGGAUGGAUGGAUUGACUGUAACUCUGUAUAUGUUCCAAUCCAAUAAGCAAAAUUAGAUAGCUGUUUUGUGAAAGAGAAG